AUGUCAACCACCGCCACCACACAAGACAAUGAGGAAGUCCUCGUCCCCGCCAAACAACCCGCUUCUUCUCAAGGCUUCGCGCAACUCCGAUCCUUCAUCGCCGGCGGUGUAGGCGGUAUCUGCGCCGUUGUAAUCGGCCACCCAUUUGAUCUCGUCAAAGUGCGCAUGCAAACCGCCGAGAAGGGUGUUUAUACUGGUGCCAUGGAUGUGGUGAGGAAGACGAUUGCCAGGGAAGGGUUGGCGAGGGGUUUGUAUGCCGGUGUUUCGGCGCCGUUGGUUGGUGUUACGCCUAUGUUCGCCGUGAGUUUCUGGGGCUACGAUCUAGGCAAAACGCUCGUCUCUUCCUUCUCCACCGUCCCCGUACACAACAACACCCCUCAAUACAGCAUAGCCCAAAUCUCCGCUGCGGGCGCCUUCUCCGCUCUACCCAUGACCCUUAUCACUGCCCCCUUUGAGCGCGUCAAAGUCCUUUUGCAGAUUCAAGGUCAAAAUCCACCUCCCGCGGGCCAGAAACCGAAGUAUUCUGGCGGUGUCGAUGUCGUGCGUCAACUGUACAAGGAAGGUGGUCUGCGCAGCGUGUUUCGCGGUUCUGCAAUGACUUUGGCCCGUGACGCACCUGGUUCAGCUGCUUACUUCGCUGCGUACGAAUAUAUCAAGCGCUCCCUCACACCCAAGGAUGCAGACGGCAAUGUCACCGGAGAUCUGUCGCUUACCGCGGUCGUGACGGCUGGUGGUGCUGCUGGUAUCGCCAUGUGGAUCCCCGUCUUCCCGGUUGAUACAGUCAAGUCGAGGAUGCAGUCUGCGCCGGGCAAAGUGACAAUUGGAGGUACUAUUAGGGCUAUUCAUGCUAGUGGAGGAUUCAAGGCGUUCUUCCCCGGUUUUGGGCCUGCGUUGGCUAGAGCUGUGCCUGCUAAUGCUGCUACUUUCCUCGGUGUUGAAUUGGCGCACAAAGCCAUGAACAAGAUGUUCGAUGGGUCGAGUGAUUAA